AGCCAACCCCACCAGCCUAAAGCAGAGUCGGCCCCGCGACGACUCUCUCUCUCUCUCUCUCAAAUUCUUCACACAGGAGGGCAUCAAUUUCUUCUUCUUCUUCUUCUCCUCUCUCUCUCCUAUAACAACACAAUAACACCAUGUCAUCCACCGGCGACUCCGCCAGCAGAGGCGGCCCCCUGCCUCUGCUUUACUUCUGCUACCAGUGCAAUCGCACCGUCUCCAUAACCCCCCCACCUGCCUCCGACCUAGUCUGCCCCAAUUGCAACGGUGGAUUCCUCGAAGAAUACGAAGAUCCCGUCAUCAACCCCAACCCUAACCCUAACCUCAAUCCCUUCUUCUCCUCCUCCCCCUCCGACCCCCUCUCCGGCUUCCCCUCCUUCUCCGCCGGCUUCCCCCUCGUCUUCUCCGGUGCCGGCUCCGGCUCCGGCUCCGGCUUCCAACUCCAAAACCCUAGCGAUCUCUCCGCUCUCUUCGGACCCGGCCAAUCCCAACAACAAGGGGCAGGGCUUCACGGUCCCGGUGAGUUCAAUCCUUUCGCAUUCCUCGAGAAUUACAUCAAUAACCUUAGGGCAGGCGGCGCUAACAUCCAACUCGUCAUCGAGAACAACGAUCCCAUGGGGGGUUUUGGGCUUCCUACGAAUCUAGGCGAUUACUUCAUCGGCCCCGGCCUCGAGCAACUCAUACAGCAACUGGCCGAGAACGAUCCCAACCGCUACGGCACCCCUCCGGCUUCCAAGUCGGCCGUCGAGGCUCUCCCGAGUAUUAACAUCUCCGAUCAGCUGCUCGCCUCGGAUUCGUCCGAUUCCCAGUGCGCUGUCUGUAAGGACACUUUCCAAGUCGGCGAGGAGGCGAAGCAGAUGCCAUGUAAGCACCUGUACCAUUCCGACUGUAUUCUCCCUUGGUUGGAGAUGCACAAUUCUUGUCCAGUUUGUCGGUAUGAGUUGCCUACGGAUGACCCUGAUUAUGAGAUGAAUAGGACUGUUACUCGCGGGUCCCCUAUCCCGGGUUUGGCACCGGGGGGUGUUGGUGGCGGUGCUAGUGGGGGAUCUCAGGAGAAUCCUCUGACCCCACGCACUGCAGAAAGGAGGUUUAGGAUAACGUUACCUUGGCCGUUUAGGGCGUUUGGCUCGCCUGCGGAAACUAGCAACAGCGGGGCCAGCAACACCGGUCACAAUGAUGGGGAUUCCAACUCGGGAGGUCAAGCCAGAGAAGAAGAUCUAGACUGACAAAUUCUUGGGGCUUGGGCAGUACUGUGUCCUGAGACUUAGUCUUGAGCAGAAUAAAGGUCCUCUCACCCAUCAGCUCAUUCAAUUGUAUCAAGCACAGUCAACUCUGACUAAUUGAUUAGCGCUCGCUGUGGCUACAAUCUAACACCAAAUAUGUUGAGGCACGUUGGGGUGGAAAGUGGAACCAUGAUUUGGAACGACAUCAUUCAAUUGUACCCAUACUUUUCGUUUAUUUUUUUAGUGUUCUCAUUUUCUUGAUGGAAGAAUCUAGAGUCUGGUAUGUGUCCUUGAUUUGAUCUUCUAGGAGGUCGAGAUGUUCUUCAGCUUUGAACAUUUUCUUUCUUUUGCUGUUCUGAGCCCAGUG